AUGGCUUCGCCCGGUCUCUCUCACUCUGGGGUCCCCGUUCCGAGAGGAUCUGCGACUCCUCAGUUAGACGGACGGAGCUCCACAGCCUUCCCGGAGUCUCGCUGUUCGAGUGAGACGCUCUCGUCCCUCGGAUUGGAGACGACCCCAGGCGGAGAGCUCCGCCAGGCGCCCCCGUCGGGCAUUGUAGGAGUGACCUCACCGGUCUGCGGAGUCUCUCAUUCUCCCCCUCCUCAGGCUUCGUUUCCAGGGAGUUCUCCGAUACCCUCCUUCCGCGGCGCGCCGUCACGCACCCUCAAGAAGAGACACAGCGCUGGCGACUAUCUCACUGGCGUAGCGGCGGCUGCUGUGGAGGCAGCGGCGGCUGCCGCUCUUGUGGGAGGAGGAGGGGCGCCUGGAAGUUUGACAGGCGGGUCACCAGGGGGGGGCGUGCUGUUCUGGGGAAAGACUGACGCCGAAGAGGGAUCCUGCCGCUUCGCGAACGAGCUAGGGAACACCGCAGAAAGUCUUCUCUUCCCCAGCCUUGCACAGAGGCAGCCCGCCGGUGGAGACGGCACGAUGAAGGCGUUCGAUAACAACCCGGAGUGGAUGCCUCUCCUCCGAGCUGGCCUCCAGAACGCCAUGGACACCGACGCAAGAAUACACACGCGCGCCAUGAGGGAGGACCAAAAAGCAGCGCUGCGAGCUCUGCUUACUCUCAAGCAGCACGCAUUGCAAGCUCAACUGCAGCAGGUUGAAAAGCUGGUUGCCCCGCUUUACCACGGAGGAAAUACCACGAUCAAUGCGUCAUAUCUGUUGACUCUCUUCCCUGAUAUGGCAUCCCUGCUUUUUCCUUCGUUUCCGGCUGCCUCUACGCAAGCAAGCAUCUCGCCGUCUCAAGGUACCGCCAGCACCCCUUCGCCGCAUCCCCCUCCGGGUAUUACCAGUCCUGCGGGUCCUCUUCAUUCUCCCAGUCCCUCGAAGCCCGCCCAGAGUCAGGUGCCUCUCGGCGUCCUGGGAAUGUCAGCUCUGCGGGGCGGCCCUUCCCCUGCCGGAACGUCUGCCACCGUCGCCACGGAGGCUUCCCAAAGUGCGUACGCAACUCCGAAAAGUCAGCGGGGACAAAGCAAGAUCGAGGACAGGCUCUUUUUCACAUCCAGUGGUUCGACGGUGCUGCCCAACCACCAACCUGGACCGAACGACGCCGACUGCCUCCACAGCAGCCGGAAAGAAACCGCAGAAGGAUCAACAGCGUCUGGCGUCACCCCAGAAGUCCAACAUUUUCACCGGAGGAACGCGACGAGGUCGAGGACGGCGCCGGCGUAUACUUUGGACAAUCUCGCGAGCCUUUUCUCUUUGAUCUGCGAGGACGCAGGCGGCCCCGGCUCCAGCUCUGCGGCACUCGCCGACGCAGUCCUCCGAGAGGGCCAGUCGGCGGCUGGCGAUAGUGCCGGCCCACCUUCCCUGUCGGCGCAGAAUGCUUCGCCCCUGAACGAGGCGGCGUCUGCCCAGCAUCUCGUCGCAGAUACUGCCGCGUCAGACGCUGUGGCGUCUCUCCUUCGAGAGACAACCAACCGCAUGUCGACGCUGGAGCUGCGAGACCGGAGAGUGCGAUUCGACGAGGAACAUAGAGACCCGAUUUUCCUGCGCCAUAGCACUCGCUCGGCCUCCCUUGGGACAUCCCGCGCUCUUGGAGGAAAUGCCCUUAUGAUGUCCGCGGCGGCCACGGCCGUGGCAGCUGCGGUGGCGGCGGCUGAGGCAGCCGCAGCUGGAGAGAGCCAGGGAGAGUUCCUGCUUGACCAGGGCGCUGCUCAACUGACUGCUGGCGAGAGGCCUAUCAGUCACGGCGGCGUGAGAGGAGUCUCCCAGGCUUCGCCACUUUCUCCCAACUCGUUGCAGAGCGCCUUGUCGAGCCAAACAAGUCCCUUGUUGAGUCUCUCCGGCAGCACCGCGGGCUCUGCGGCUCCGGGGGAAAACUGGCUUUCCGGUCAGAGAGGCAGCGGAGGUGCGUGGGAUGCGCUAAGUGGCGUGUCUCGGCCGCAGAGCGUGGACAGAUCCGCUACCAGUCCUUCCUAUCCACGAACGCAGCGGCGCACUGCGACACUCCCUAGUACUACAGCGAACGCGCAACUACAGUCGAUGGACGUACAGUGCCUCUUACAUCUGCAAGGCUGGUGCAAGCCGUGCGCUUUCUACUACAACCGGAAGGGCUGCCGGAAUGGAGCCAACUGCGAGUUCUGCCAUCACGAGGUUCACUCGAAGCUGACGUUAAAGCAGUGGAAGAAACAACAGCAUAAGCUGAGCAAGCAGGGCCGUGCAGGACUUGGAGCUGGAGACGACGAACUUGCGGCCGCCGCCGCUGCGGCCGCCGCAGCGGCUCGCGUAGGAGGUUUAAAGACUGGCGCCGGGGCGGCAGGGGAGCUCAUGACCACAUCGUCUUUGGGCGCAGGGUCGCCGUACUGUUCGCCGCCUGUGGGAGGGCCAUCGCCGUGUAGCUCUACAGGAGCGCUCGAGAAUGCUGUAAUGCGUACCCUGUUUGGGGGCAGUGACAUAUCAACGAGCCUAUCAGCCCUCUCCCUGGUGGGCGACACCGCUUCCGGAGCGACAGCCAGAGAGGACACAACAGAGGGCCUAGACAUGUCCCCUGAAGGCACAUCCGGGCCUGCUGAUCCAACGUCUCGUAUCAGGGCCGCCUUGGCAGCGGCGGAAGGCACGCGCCUAUCCGCAGCGGCGAUUCCCCCCGCAGCACCUGCGGCUUCUGCGGAUGGUGAAGGACAAGGUUCACCGGAUGGAGGCAUCGAGAGACCGGGCCGGGCAGACGACGAGUUUAUGACUGGAACCUCGAGCGCAAUUUUUACCGACCUUGCAGGCAGUCCUUGCGAUAGCGGAUCGCGCAGCAUAUCAAGCGGCGGUGCUGCUUCUGGCAGCCCUGCCUGUCUUACCUUGCUUCGAAGGAUUUAG